GGUUUACAUAAUCUAAACAGCUUUCAGGAUGGACAACUAAUGUCUGGAGGAGGGUCUAGCCAACCUUCUGUGCGAAGUGACAAAAUCACCUGGACAGAUGGUAUAUCCCCCAAACGUUCUCCAAACCUUCUCCAACUUGUUCAGCUUCUUGAUGCAAUAAUCCUAACAGCUAAUAGAGUGCCAAGUAAUGGAGAGCUCGGAAAAUACAGAAUAAAUGGGCGGACCCGUAUAAUGGUGGCUUGCUAUCCAGGCGGAGGAUCUCAUUAUGUUAAGCACGUGGACAACCCAAACAAAGAUGGCCGUGUUGUGACUGCUAUUUAUUAUUUAAACAAGGAUUGGGAAUCAAAGGAUGGUGGUGUACUGAAUAUCUACCCCCAAGUUAAAUCUGGAUUCGUUGCCAAGGUUGAACCUUUAUUUGAUCGAGUUGUGUUCUUCUGGUCUGAUUCAAGAAAUCCCCAUGAGGUUACACCAUCUCAUAAACCUAGGUUUGCAGUUACAGUCUGGUAUCUAGAUGAGUUAGAAAAGAAAGCAUACACGACAAGGAAAGCGCAGACAUCAAAUACAGACAUUGAGAAAAGUUUGCCAAGAAAAUGAAACAGAAGUCAGAAAGUUCCAUGAAAGAAGUAUUUUUUUUUCGCAUUACACAGAGGACCUCAUCAGAUACAGUUAUAAAGAUUGUUAAUCAUACUAAAAUCUUUUUUUUCAAUAUUAUUAUGACUUUGCAAGAUGAAAACAAAUAAUGAUAAUUAUGCUAAUUAAAUAUGUUAAAGGACCUAUAGACAACUUUAAAUUGUCACCAACUGGUAAAAAUUCUUUUAGUUACCAAUGAAAAUUAUAAUUUUGUUCAAGAUGUAUCCAUCAAAUCUGGUCCUGACCUAACUAACAUAUUAUUGUUCUUUAAAAAAAAGUUUUAUGUUUUACGGUUAGUGCCUGUUAUUUUUCAAAACAAAAACUUUCACGAUUAUUUUUAUUCCAGUUCAUUUAGCUGUAUAUGUAUGACUAAGCCCAGAGGCGUAGUCAGGGGGGCCAAGCCCUCUCCUGGAAAUAUGUGUUAUUUAGUUCAAACGACAGCAUUCU